AUGGCGGACUACCACUUCGUGUACAAGGACGUGGAGGGGGCGUCUACACAGUGGGACGACAUACAGCGGCGGCUGGGGAACCUCCCGCCGAAGCCGGAGCCCUUCAAGCCUCCGGUCUUCUCCCCGGGGCCCCUAGACGAAGGGAAACCUACGAAGUCCGCUUCGUGGAUCGACGAGAGGACCGAGGAGGAGCUCGAGGACCUUGAGGAUGACCGCGACCUCGACGAUGACCGCUUCCUCGAGGAGUACAGGUCCGCGGACCGCUACACCGCCCUCGUCGAAACUUUGUAGCCCUAGAUCUGACUUUGGCGCUAGGAUUUAGGAAGAAGAGGUUGGCGGAGAUGAGGGAGGCUACGCGGAUCUCGAGGUUCGGAUCGGUGCUCCCUAUUGCGGGGUCGGACUUCGUCCGAGAGGUUUCGCAGGCAUCCCCCGACGUCUGGGUUGUGGUGCUUCUCUAUAAGGACGGGUACGUUCACACUCGCGUUCGAUUUCUUUCAGAGAAGCAGAUAGGCCUUCUCCCCAAUCAUCCGUCUGCAUUUGCUCUACGACAGCAAGAACUGAUUACCUAAGCCCGCCCCACAUCCUACAGAUCUUGCCGUCAUAGACUGCCAUUCUUGUUUUCCUGCAGGAUAGCAGAAUGCAAGGUGCUGCUGAAUUGCCUCGAGGAGCUGGCCGCAAGGUACCCAGCGACAAAGUUUGUCAAGAUCACAUCAACAGACUGCAUCCCGAACUACCCAGACCGCAAUCUUCCUACAAUCCUGGUUUACAACUCUGCCGCUGUGAAGGGUACUCAUGUGGGUUUGCACCCUUACGGCGGCCGGAAAUGCACUGCUGAAGGUAUGCAUGCUCUCCUUGUUGCUGUUUUUUUUUUUUUUUUUUUGUUUAAAAAAAGUUAAAAAACCCUGUUUUGGUGUCAUUGUGUUUUGAUAAUAUGCAUUUCACACUAAUUUUUUCAUACCCAUUUCAGUAAAAUCGAUGGAAUUUCCCAUUGAUUAUAACCAGUAGCUUUGCCGCCUCAGAUCAGGCAUCUUCUCAAUGCCACACCCAAUACAAUGCACAUGAGACGUCCGUUAGAGAAAACCUGAACGACUAUUAGCUUGCAAGGUGUCUAUGGGGAUCAGUUUUAUUUGAAGAAGUGCCGAUGGGAGCUUUCUUUUCUAGAAGUUUCUUAGGUUCUGAAUCUUGAGAAGAGCUGGACUUGCAGUCAGAGGCUGUGCUACUCAGCUCCAUCUAGUUUGCGUAGUCAUGCAUCCAUACCCUUCAUUGGGAUUUGUUUUCAGAUCUUUCUAUGUCCAGCAAUAAAAUGGACAAUCGAUGGAGAUAGAGCUGAUAUGCUCCUGGUGGAGGUGUUUAUGUUUGUGAUGUGAAGAGUAAUGUCUAUGGUGGUCAAAGAUCCGGCAUGAACUCUCUUGAUCAUGAAAACGGGGAAAAGAUUUUGUGUCUGAGUAAUUAUGCCUAGGAAAUCAUGGGGGCAUGGACUGGGGUUCUCUCUCUUAUGGGAUUCAGUUGCAGCGCAUCAAGUAUUGGGAGGAAUUCAGUGCAGAGAAAAACUGUUCUUUGUGGCGCAUACGGUACAGGAAUGAGAUCUUACAUCUAAUUUUUCUUACUAAGUUGUGGAGACGUUGAUCAUUGUUAUUCAAGUGGAUAAUCUUAUUUGGAAUGAGCCAGCUUUAAUGGUAGAACAUCUUCGAGACUUUUGUGGCUUCUAUGCUCCUUUGGCUGUGACAAUAGAUGUCAUGUCAACGCAAAUCCACCGACAGUAGGUGUAUAGUUGAUCGCCCAGGUGUGACCCAAAAGUGCUGAUUUCUCUUAGGGAAUUCGUGAUGUAGUUUUCCUUAAUUUCUAGUAACAUAUGUUUAUAAACCGAACUGUGAAAGUCAACAUGAAGAUGCAGUUUGUUUGGGUUUCCUCUCAUUGAUCACCCUCCUCAAACCCUCCCUGAUCCUUCAGCGGUGGCGUUGGCCCUCUGCCAAUCCGACCCAGUUCUUAACGACGGGCGCGCCCAAGGCGAUUCAUCAAGGCAAGCGGUCAUUGAUGGCGUCCGCAGGAAGUUCAUAGAGAAGGUUGUGAAGCAGCGCGAGGACGACGAUGAGGACUACAGUGACUAG